AUGGCGAAACUCAAGGCACAUGAAGAACUCUCCACUAAUGCGAAUACUAUCAAAGCUCGCAACUGCGUCUCCAACCUUACUGAAGAUGAGAAGGCUGUUCACUUAGCACUCAAGGCUGACCAUGCUGAUCUGAGCUACUACUUAAAGAAGUUAUAUAAGACUGAGAAGGGUACCCAUGCAUCUUGCAUUGCGAAUCAGAAAGUCAAGAAUAUUAGCGCCUCUUCUUCUCCACAAGCCCCACCAUCUACUCCGCCCAAACAACUUCUGUCUGAGCUUGCUGCAUUUGAGGGUAUCUCAACGCGAGAUAUUUUAAAUGACGAGGCUGUUCUACCAGAUGAGCUUUCCGAUGAAGAGAUCACUAGCACCCAGGCUCUCUUAACUCAAGCGCACAUUGAUGCCCAUGAAGAGUCCAAUUUCCGCAAGUGGCAACAUUUCUGGGAUAGCUGUAUCCACUCAUAUACGAGAAAGGCUGGAAAGCUGAGAAAGAAGCCUGAGCGUCUCUUUGAGUAUAUGCCGUGGAUUGAUGUAGAGGAAGGCUUCAAAGAGGCGUUCUUACUUGUCUACUCUAAGAAGUUUGAUAAGGAAAAGUGGGCUAAGGUAUCAGCUGCACAGGAUAUGUUGUUCCUGGAGCUAGAGUAG